AAGAUGAGCAUCACUGACAUCCUCAGCCCUUCUGAUAUUGCUGCUGCCCUGAGGGACUGCCAAGCCCCCGAUUCCUUCAGCCACAAAAAAUUCUUUCAGAUCAGCGGAAUGUCCAAAAAGAGCAGCAGUCAGAUCAAGGAUAUCUUCCGGCUCUUAGACAAUGAUCAAAGCGGCUUUAUCGAGGAAGAUGAGCUCAAGUAUUUCCUCCAGCGGUUUGAGUGCGGAGCCAGAGUAUUAACUGCUUCAGAAACCAAGACUUUUUUGGCAGCUGCAGAUCAUGAUGGGGAUGGCAAAAUUGGGGUUGAAGAAUUCCAGGAAAUGGUGCACUCCUGAAGGACUGAAGGCAACAGAGAAAGAAACAGAAAGGGGAGGGGGGAUGAAUCUGCAGGAGAUGAUACUCUAAAACUCUGUAAAUCAGGGAGUCCCCUUGUUUAUUUAUUAAUCUUCACAGUGUCUGUUAUUUGUUUGCUGCUCUAGUGAGCUACCAAAGCACCAGUUAAUAUUGAUUUUUGAUAAUGUGGACCAUCUUACCAUGUUCUAGGAAUACAUUUCAGCAG